CCGGACUCAGUCCUUCUAGUGUGCCCGGCGAGGACACUCCGACCCUGGGAUUACGGAGACCUCCUGAAGAACUACCUUGAAGAGUGUGUGAAGAGAGAAGUGUUGGUAGACCCAUAAAGAAAUUGAUUAGGGUAAUUAAAGCCCAUUAAAUCAUGCCAAAAUUGGAUUACGCGGCGAAGAAAUGGUGAAAGUGUUCCGAGAAUAACUGGAUACUUGUGCCACCUCUAAGAAACCAUGGCCGACCCAGCCGAAUCCGGCGGCCUCUACUACGAACGGCUAACAACGGUCGAGUGGGCAUUCCUGGAAAGUACGAACCUCACCGACCACCUGCCACCGGCCUGGAACAACCAAUCCAGUCCGGAAGACCACCACCACCGGAAUGGCAGCGGUGUGCCCUCGCCCAUGGAUUACGACAUUCGGCGGGACCCGCUGUGGAUCGUGGUCCCCAUUACGAUCAUUUACUCCACAAUCUUUGUGAUUGGGGUGGUGGGCAAUGUGAUAACCUGCGUUGUGAUCUCUAGGAAUAAGUCGAUGCACACGGCGACCAACUACUAUCUGUUUAGUUUGGCCGUGUCGGAUUUGCUGCUGCUGUUGUUUGGCGUCCCGCUGGACAUCUACUCCGUGUGGUACAAAUUCCCGUACCCGUUCGGCAUCAACAUCUGCAUCCUGCAGGGCCUCGCGGCGGAAACUUCCGCCAACGCAACCGUACUCACCAUUACGGCGUUCACUGUGGAAAGAUACAUUGCCAUCUGCAAGCCGUUCCUAUCGCACACGGUGUCCAAACCGUCCCGCGCCGUUCGGUACAUAAUUGCCGUUUGGAUCAUCGCCAUGUGCCUGGCCGUGCCCCAGGCCCUCGCCCUCGUAAUCGACGAGUCGUUCGGGACGUGCACGGUGCGGCAGGACCGGCAGCGCCAUGUGUUCACCAUGUCGGCGGUGAUUGUUUUCGUGUUCCCGAUGUGUGUCCUCACGGUGCUGUACGUCCUGAUUGGGCUGCAGCUGCGCCGGUCCAAGGUGAUGAAACGGGGCGUCCAGCUGAGGAGCAGCGUGCGGUUGAAGCACAGCAUCUUCCGGAAGGGUUCCCAGCGGACGAUUGUUACCAUCAACUACCAGCAGAACAGCAGCGCCAGCAACACCGAAUCGCCCCAGCACUACAGCGAAAGUAUGCUCACGACGGCGAUGCAGCCGGAGCCACUCCAGGCGAAGCUUUCGCUGCCGGCCAAUCUGGGGAAAAAUACCGACAGCAAUCACCACCAGCAGCAGCACAGGAUGGUGGAACCGACCAACUCGAACGUUUCCCAGUCCCACCAGGACGGGCGGAUUAAUUACUCGAACCGGGCCCAGUACCACAGCACCCGGCACGUGGUCAAGAUGCUCGUGGCGGUGGUGAUAGCGUUCUUCCUGUGCUGGGCGCCCUUCCACGCGCAGCGCCUGUUCGCGGUCUACGGCAACGAUCAGAACGGCCAAGAAGCAAUACAAAUCGCGUUCGAAAUCCUGACGUACAUUUCCGGCAUCCUGUACUACAUCUCGACCUGCAUCAACCCGGUGCUGUACAACAUCAUGAGCCACAAGUUCCGGGAGGCGUUCAAGGACACCCUCGCGAAUUAUCUGUACCGGCACCAUCGCCGUUCUGGCCACGACCAUCUACUAAGACAGCGUUCGUUUUCUAGGAAUGUCUCGUUGCGCUCAAAUUCCAAUAACUCGCACUCGGUGGCCACGUGCUCGUCCGUGGCGGUGGCCGUUGGCAACGAGCUGACCACCGGGCCCGAUCCGGUGUCGAGUGAUUCCACGGCCGGGACGGAACAACCCUUCCGCUAUCUGGAAACGUCCGACCUGGCCCGGCUCAAGCGUCCGCUGGUGGUCACGUUCCGGAAAAUUCCAACCCAUCCGAAGCCAUCGCAGCAGGCCGGCACGUGUUGUAACUCACUGGCCACAAUCCACAAACAACUGGACAACGUUCCGGCCAACGCUUGCUGCCCAACUUCCGGUCCAAAAGCCAAACACAACGCCCCCGGCAGCACUCGUAAAUGGACCAAACUGGUCGGUCGAACGCGUUGGACCGAGAAGAAGCACCACCAAACCGAAAACAGUCAAUAUUUGCAGGAUUUUAGUUCCGUCCUGGUGCCAUCGACGACGACGAUGAGCUGCUCCUGGCAACGCAGCCAACAGGACGAAUACCAAAUGUGCACGAAGACCACCACCACAAAUCAACUGCGCUCGACCGGAGCGAGUCCACCACUUUUGCAGCAGCAUCAAAAUCAUUAUCAAAUGCAGCAUCCAUGUCGAUACGAUUACUAUCCCCAGCUGAGGAACAAUACGACUCCCUAGAAGGGGAAAAAGGUUGGGGGGGUGAGAAAAGAUACGCACACGCAUACUUCUAAAAGCUCAACAAAACAGUCGACGAACGGAAUCAUAGCAUGCCGAAAUGGCCG